UAAGCUGUGAUAGAGGUUUCUACUCCAUGAUAUCCAAUUUUCAAAAUGUUGUUUAUUUGUCACUAACUGUUAAAAUUUGACAUUAGUCAAAUUACGCAAUUUUUUUAACAAAAAAUCCAAUUGAAAAUGUUCGCUUCAGCCGGUUUGGUAUUGAAACUCCACAACGUGACCGACAACCAAUUAGAACCGAUAUCGGUCUACAAACCGAAAAAAAUUCCCGGGUCUCCCAGAAUCACGCAACUAUCAUGGUGCCACGACAACAGCUAUAUAGGAAUUUUACCGGAAGAAUCGUUCCCGCAAAUCAUAUCCUCCAAGGAUCGAGCCAAUUUGAAUUUGAUACAUACGAUACAAGUUUUGAAGAAAGUAACCGCUAUACAGUUUAAACAGCACACCAAAAGAAGCAUGGCUUUGGGUAACGCGGAAGGUGAGGUGAUUUUGUACGAUACGAAGAAUAGAAACAUAUUAAGACGAGUGUGUAACUUAAAUUGCCCGAUUAGAGCCAUGGAAUUCAAUGAUAGAGAUGAACAGUUAGCUGUAGCUACAGACAAAUCAAUAAACAUAUUCGCCGAUUCAGAUGCUGUAAAUAAUUUUACGAAAGAAGAUUGCUAUACGGAAAAUUGCACCGUUCUAAAAUACCACCCAGUAAUCCCUAACGUUCUAGCCGUAGGUUACGAAAAUGGAUGCGUGGUCAUCAGAGAUACCGAAAAAAGUGAAGUUAUCGCAAGUUUCCAAAAGCAUUGCGCUCCGAUAACCGGCAUUAACUAUUCCAACCGACAAAAAGCUAUUAUUACAACAGGAAUUGAUAAAAAAGUAUGCGUAUACGAUUACACCAGUUCCGAAUGUUUGUUCAGAAUGAACAUGCAUCAAGCUGUCACUUGUUGUGACGUCAGUACGAAUGACGUAUACAUUGCUGUCGGUUUGGAGGAUGGAUCCGUUUCCGUUUGCGAUAUCAGAGAUCCAUUAAAGCCGAUGAUUACGUCGAAUACGCACAACAGCCCCGUCAGUGCCAUUUCUUUCGAAAAGGGACCAGUUUUUGCAGGUACUCCAAGGGAAAAAAUAUCAGGAACUACUUUAAAUCAAAGCGAAGCUGGCGAUUAUCGUUUAGAAUACGAAAAUGACGGUAUUGACGAGAAAUUCAAACAAGAUAUCGUCAAAAUGAUGAAAAACCACAUGACGUAUCUCGAAGUUCAACUAAACGAACAUUGUAAUAAAUUCCAGAAUUUUAUUAUGAACGAAUUCGACUCGAUUCACAACGCUAUGAGUAGAUGGGACGUUUUCAAUGUUGGUGAUAGUUCGGAAGUUGCUCAAGCCUUGGGAAACGCUGCUACGAAUAGUAUACAUAGUACUACGAUUAGAAAAUCACAUUGUAAUAAUUAUUAGUAACAAGAAUAAAACAAAAACAAAUUUUUUUUUUAUUAUUAAAAAAAUCGCAGUUUAUAUACUUUUUAGAACAUCUGACAACAUAGCACACGCUCAACACGGUUUUCUUGAUUUAUAAUAAAUAUAAUAAUUCAUUCGUAGUCAUUCAGUG